UGUUGCGGUUGUUGCCCGGACUACGCUUCCCGAGGUGCUCCGGACGACUCACCUGAGGGCUGCCGGGCUCGACGCGCGUGGCCUACAGCCGGGUUGACUUUGCGGAGCCAUGGAAAGUGGUUUCGGCUCCGAUUUUGGGGGCUCCAGCGGCGGGAAACUGGACCCGGGGGUUAUCAUGGAGCAGGUGAAGGUCCAGAUUGCUGUGGCUAACGCGCAAGAGCUGUUACAGAGGAUGACUGACAAGUGUUUCCGGAAGUGCAUUGGGAAACCGGGGGGCUCUCUGGACAAUUCUGAACAGAAAUGCAUCGCCAUGUGUAUGGACCGAUAUAUGGACGCCUGGAACACUGUGUCCCGUGCCUAUAACUCAAGACUCCAACGGGAACGAGCCAACAUGUAACGAAGAGGCGUGGGAGCAACCCUGGGGUCCAGCCCAGGCCACCCCUUCCCCUGUGUCCAUCAUAAAUGUUUUUUGUGAGACUGGCGCUAGCUAGCA